AUGGACACGGCACAGCUGCUGCUUGGGCUCCUUUUGAUCGUCCCUCUCAUUUACUGGGACGGCGCUUCGCUAAAUCUUCUGCUGCUGUUGUUUUGGUGGUGUCCCGGUGUUCAGGUCGGUGAGCAGAGCCGGGACGAGCAGGACUUCGGGCCGGAUCCCGAUAACCAGCAAUUUUCGGAGAGAACAGCGCAGAUGGCGGAAAUAAACCAACCUAACGAUCAUGUGGAUGCAGCUGAUGGAAAAGAGCCGAAUUCAUUCGUGCUUGAUCCGUCCCUUUAUCAGUCCCUAAGGAGAGUGUUUGAAUGUAGUUACUCGCAGUUCAUCUUGUUGUGGUACAAUCCUCCUGAACCCAGGGAAGAUCAGCCACUCUACCAGGUCCUGCUUGAUGAGUUUAACAUGGCAGUGGAUCAUGCAGUUGGUAAAAUCAGGCAUUUCAACCUUACCAGCAUAGAACAUGGGUUGAUUCGAAUCCUUACUUGCCAUUUGCGAACUGCCAAGAAGGAAAAGAAGAGAGAGAAGAUUUUCCAAACUCGUCAAGAGGAGGUGUCUUUUCUGAGGAGGACUUCAGAAGCCCUGAUAUGCAAUCUACUUCCGGAUUCGUUAUGGAAAUUAAACUGUUACCGGCACAUACUGAAGGAGGUUGUUGCACUGAAAGUUUUGGAGGAAGUGAUAAAUACAGUCUGUGACGCUGACUUUAUCAAUCAGGCGUUGAUCCAGUUUUUGGAUAACGAUUCACCUGAAAUUAAAGUGGGAGCUGCUCCAGAUGCCCCCCCGAAAACUGGGACGAAUGAUGAAAUCGUUACUGAAUAUAAUAUUCCCAAGGGAAACAAGGAAAAGGAAUCAAACAAAAAACGAUUUGUAAACAUUUUUAAAAAGCUCAAGAGAAACAAAAAGAAGAAAGACCCUGAAGCCAAGUCAAUAUUACGCAUUUCAGAUGAAGGUGAUGGACAGUUUGGUCGUGAAUUUCGAGGUGUCGGCCAGAGCUUUAGAUCACUUUCUCCCAAUGAGUGCAACUCGAGCGAUAGAGGUGAAGAUUCUGCUGAAGAGGAUUUCAAUUCCUCCAAUGAGAUGCCUGAACAAAUGAAACAAGAUAUUCUCAUUUCCACUGAAAAUGAAAAAUCAUCAUUAAGAAAUUGUAAGAUAACUAUUUCAAAGGUAUCUUGGGAUGAAAUAGAUGAUCCAUCUUGUGUAAUAGACAUAGAAAACCAUAAAGCUGCAGAGGACUGCUGGUCUGUUUGGAGAAAAUACCAUGAAUUUGAGGAACUUCAAAAACAGCUUAGUAAGACAUUCGGCUGUUUUGUUGAAACAAAGCUCCUAUCAGUCAAUUCUAUGUCACCUGAUGAGAUCAACAAUGAAUUCAAGGAAGACUUUAAACGUCAACUGAAUAAGUUUUUAGAGAAGCUGGUGUCUGAAGAGUCUAUUUGGUAUGAUGAAAGAACGCUUAACUUCUUCUCGGCUAAUGAUCAGAUUCGAGAGUUCUGGGGACUGUUAACAUAUCUGUUCAUGGAGGAAGAUGAGGAAACUGAUGCCAGCAGUGAGACUUCAGAAGGCCCAUGUGACAUGGACGUAGGGGAAGUUGAACCUUUGGAAACAGAUCCAGAAGACAAGGAGACUCAGAACUGGGACUCUGCAGAAUCACAACCUUCUGAAAUAUUUAAUGAAAGCUUGGAGGCAGAUUGUGGCUUCAGGUGCAUGCCAGGCACUUCUGAAACUAAAGUUGCAGAUACAGUCGACAUUCACUGCAGAAAAAGAAAAAUGAGAAUGUCUAAGAAAAAGGUUGAAAGAACCACAGAACAGCCAGAAUGCAUCACCAGCCAGCUUCAUGAACUCUUGGGAGAAUUAUUUUGUACAGAGUGUUUUGGUUCCAAAGUAUGCCUACUUGUACUAAAGUAUGUCCUGCAUUGGAAAAGGAAACCUCUUCAGAAGAAGCUAGAUCAGUUCUUCAGUAAAGAACAGAUGAUUGUGUACAUAGAUUGUCUAAGGGAGACUUUAUGGCCCAAUGGAAAUCCUGCAGAGCCACCUCCAGAAAGAUCAAAUGAAGCAAAAACCUUUGCUAAAGAAAGAGCUGAAAAAUUACUACAGAAAAAGCUUUCAGCUUCAAAACUUUCUCCUUUCUAUUGUAAGGAACGUGUGAAAGUUUUGUUAUCCAUGUUUCAAGAUGCAGAAAUGAAUAAGAGACUUGUAUAUAAAGUGUUGGUGUUUCUGUUGUUUGAAAUUAUCCCUGAAAUCAAGAAUUCUUGGAUUGGCGAUUCAAUGCUGCCUUGUUUGGAAAGAUUAAAUGUCGAUGACUUAUACGAUAAACCACUGUGAGGGCAACGGAGUUGGAAAAACACGUGGAACAAAAUAAUGUUCAUAAACAAUCUCAAAAAUUAGGAAUGUGCUGGGCAAAAAGCUGUUCUGCAAACUGCAAGUUUCCCCUUUGCUCAUCUCUCCAUCUGACCACUAGACGAUGAACAUGAAGAAAAGUUUCUUGAGCUUUUUGCAGUGGCUGUGCUGUUUGCAGUCUUUAUCCAUCAAUGAAUCUACUUCUAUGACAUUCUGUGCAGAUAUUGUAUCUUAAAAGGUCUGUUAUAUUUCAGCAUUACUGAUUUAUUCAUGACUUGUUACUAUUUUCCUGACAUGCUUUAAAGUUGAUGUGGACACUAGGGAUUGUGCAGUUAGAUGUUUCCAAGUCAGUGAAUUUGCCUAGUCCAUUAAUUUCCACUAUACAAAGAAUACCAUGUGCCUAUGAGGAAUUCCUUGAUGGAUUAAAAACGUCUUCCUGGAUACAUGUGGGAUCGGAUGUCGCAGUGCCUCUGACCUGAACUUAUAAAUCCGAAUGUAAUUCCCAUUAAUUUGCUUCCUGUUUUUUAAAUAUGGUAUUUUUGUACUCCUGAAAACACUUGGGACAUUUUACUACUCUGAAGGUACUAUAUAAAUGCAAAUUAAUAGUUGUUGAGAAUUAGAAUUUUAAAAAUAAACAGGUUUCUAAUGAUGUAUUUCCAGGAUAAUACAGCCUAGAAAUGUAUGAGGAGUGCCAUGUUUAAGUUAGUAGAAAUGCUGUAUUUCAAUGAAUUGACAUUGAGGCGAGAUUUAAUUAUAUGUUACAUAUUAUCAACCCUGGAAAUUGUA